GGAAACCUUCCCGUCGAGACCGAGAUUAAUAAGCCCCGCACUAAACCUUUCGCGGCACACGGGUCUUCAUAUUAUUAUUCCUUGUCAUUAUUGAUAUUCAUUAAAGACGUCUACAAAACAAAUUGGAAACUGCCUAUCCAGAGUUUUCCAAUGCUUGAGUUGCUGGCUUUACAAAAUUGCUCAGUCAUGUUUGUUCACCCAUGGAUAUAUAUACCCGAGAGUCGAGACAACCCGAGCAUGUUUAUGGAACAAACCUCAACCCAAUAA